AUGAGCAGCCACAAAAAUGUUCUCAAGCUACUUGGUUGCUGUUUGGAGUUCCCUGAUCCAGUUUUGGUUUAUGAAUAUGCGGAAAUUGGACCACUCAACUCUUGGGGAGGAACCAACACCAAUAUUGAAUCUAAGAGAUUAUUAUCUUGGAAAACGAGGUUGAAAGUUGCGAAAGGCAUCGCUAAUGCUCUAACAUACUUGCAUGGGGCAUUUUCUAGGCCUAUCAUCCAUAGGAACAUAAAGCCUCAAACUGUGAUGUUGGAUGAGAAUUUUGUUGCCAAGUUGUGUGACUUCUCAUGGUCAAUAUUGAUUCCCCAAGGGGAAAUGGUGGCCAAAGAUGAGAUUGUGGGGUCAUUGGGAUUUGUGGACCCUGCCUAUUUUGGCACAGGAUGCGUGGCUGAGCAGACUGAUGUCUAUGGCUUUGGGGUGUUUAUGAUUGUGCUUAUAACAGGACGGAAUGCUUGUGAUUUGAGUCUACCUGAAAACUCUACCAACAUAUGCAGUUAUGUAAAUCAUAUGAUUGAACAGAAUUGUGUCACUCAAAUUAUAGAUCCUAAGAUUUUGGAAGAGGAAGGAGGAGUGAAUCAAGAGCGACAAUUGCAUGCAUUUUUAGGACUCGCCUUGAAAUGCACUCAAAUCAAGAGAGAAGAUAGGCCGCUAAUGAUACAAGUCACAAAACAACUUUGCCAGAUCGAGAACUUAAAGCAGUAG